UUCUUUAAAAAAGGAAAUAAUAGUUAUUGGUGAAACAAAUUCUUAUAUUUUUAAAAUAAAUAUAUCCUCGCAGCGCGAUGAAAACUGUUGUGGAAUUUUGCCGUAAGCAUUACUUCUAGAAAGUGCGCAGUCAGAAAUAAAAAAAAAAAUAACUUCCCUUUUCUAAAGAUUCAACAAUAGCGACUUUUGUAAUUUCAUCGGUUGUUAAUUUUAUGACUGAACUGUUCCUCCGUAAAAUCAGACGUGUAAGGAUGCAGGCAGAUGUUUACUCACUAGGUAUUACACGGAGCACAGCGCGGUUAACGCAUAACUAGUGUCCUAAUAAAAAAUCCUGGAAUCUGACCUGGAAGUUAUGUCUACGAAUGAUAGUGGGACAAAUGUAGAAGAGAAUAUUUAUAGAAUGCAUAUUUUAGUCUUUGACGCGUUUCUGUUGACUUUGGUUCUGGUUGGGAACAUCUCCGUUCUAGUAGUCAUUAUCAAUGACGGCCAAAAGUCAAGAAUGAACGUUUACAUAAAGAAUUUGGCUGUUGCAGAUUUACUUUGUGGACUAUUCUACAUUGUCCCUCGUAUCGUGGUGCACGUUAAUAAUGAUCAGUUUUAUGGAGGAAACACAAUUUGUAAAAUGCAAGAAUAUUUUGGGAAUGUUGGUAUUUUUGGUUCGAACACGAUUGUGGUUGUCUUGAGCUUGGAUCGUUUGUACCUGGUUCUCAGACCUUUGGGGAGUUUAGCAGUUAGAGGGAAAAGUGCAAUGAUGCCUUGUAUUCUGUGCUGGGUGAUUGCAGCUAUUGAGUCUGUAACAGGUCCUAUUGUUUUUGAAUACAAUGAUGUAAUUAAAUAUUGUACGUUAUGGCUCAACGGAACGGAAUUGAAGAUUUACUUCACUACGAUCUUCGUUGUCGUCUUCAUCAUCCCAACGAUGAUCCUGGCAGUCUGUUAUUCGGUCAUUGCCUACAUCAUCUGGAGGGUGUCAAAGAGAGAAGGAGGAAUACAAUUAAAAGAAAACCCAUCUUCUGGCCAUCAGCAUUCUAGUUUGCUAAAUUCAAGACAAAGUAGUCACUCCUCCGGCUCGGAACAAAGAGAUACAACAAUUUCAAAAUCACAGAUAAAGACAAUCAAGAUGACGUUUGUGAUAGUCAUAGCUUUUUUCUGCUGCUGGGCACCCUAUAUGAUAGUCAACCUACUCUUCAUAUUCGGCAUUAUAAUAAUCCCAAAUCAAGUCAGCAUAUUCAUCAAUGGCCUCUUGCCUUUGAACUCGGUCGUUAAUCCACUCAUCUAUGCAGCAUUCAGUUCUCGUGUUUUCAAGCGAUUCAGAAAUAAAUUGACAAGACGUCUGCCAACCACGAGAACAACCAGAAGAACCGAGAAUUGGAAGAUGUGAACUCACCGCUGACUCUAAAUUAGAGUGCAGAUCAAG